AUGGCCAUGAGUUCAGCAAUAUGGAUCACACUUCUUGCGACGGUAGUUUCGUUUUGGGCCUGUACACCCAGCUUUGGUGUCCCAGCCUCGAGGCAAGAGCCUCUCAGCGUUCUCAGGGAAAGAACCGGGCUGAGCAUCAGCCAGAAAAUUACCGAUCCGGCCUUCCCGCUGUCGCCCAAGGAGGCAAGGCUCGCGAGCAGGCUUGCAGAGCUGGGAAAGAAGGGCGACUGGCAAGGUGCCCGUCGACUGUAUGGAAGCUACAAAGGUACAGGCGUCCCUGUGAUCAAUGCAGCCAUACUGGCAGCAUACCGCUGCGGACAGUGCCAGGAAGCAGCUGGAAUAUACAACAAGCUACGGAAUUUGUGUGUCGGGGUGGAUAAGGUCAGCCUACUUGCGGGCAUGAAGAUUUUUGGAAAAUUGCAAGAUCCUGCCAUGGUUGACACGAUAUGGGCUGAGGUUACAGAACGCGGAUGGGUUGAUCAAUUCACGUGUGGUGCUCGCAUUGAUGCAGCAGCUUACAUGGGGGACGUCGAAGGCGCAGCACACGUGCUGGAUGUCAUGCAGAAAGGAAAGAUUGAGGUUUACGUGCACCAGUUUACUUCAGCUAUCUUAGCUUGUGCCAAGGCAAAAAGGCCCAGCCACAACACAGCCCUGUACCUGUUCAACACAAUGUUGGACCAUGGCAUAUCGCCGACGAUCGUGACCUUCGCCAACUUGGCACAGGCACAUGUGAAGGCAAGUUUAGAGCAAAUCCAACGUGUCCGUGCCACGAUGAAAGAGCACGACGUCCUGGGCAAUUCAGUUUUUGCUGAGUCGUACUUGGGUGCCUUGACCCAGCGGCGUCUGAUCACUGCUCGAGACGCGCAAGCCAUCACUGCGGAGCUUGAAGAUUUGCCUGAGCGCGAAGGGAGAUUGAAAGAAGCUCAGAGCGCACUGCUCGAGAUCCAGGCCAGCAACGCUUUCGGCUUUAUGGGCAUGAAUUUCAUCACUUUACCAACCUGCGGUUACGUUUGCGACCCAAUGCAGGAGCCUCUGAGCGUUCUUAGGGAAAGAACCGGGCUGAGCAUCAGCCAGAAAAUUACCGAUCCGGCCUUCCCGCUGUCGCCCAAGGAGGCAAGGCUCGCGAGCAGGCUUGCAGAGCUGGGAAAGAAGGGCGACUGGCAAGGUGCCCGUCGACUGUACGGAAGCUACAAAGGUUCGGCCGUCACGGUGUGCACUGCCGCCAUGCAAGCAGCGUACCGUUGCGGACAGUACCAGGAAGCAGCUGCGAAAAACAACAGGUUGCGGAAUUUGCGUAUCGAGGUGACCGAGGUCAGCCUGCUUGUGGGCAUGAAGAUUUUCGGAAAGUUGCAAGAUCCUGUCAUGGUUGACGCGAUAUGGGCUGAGGUUGCAGAAUGCGGGGCAGCGAAAGUGCUAGACAUGAUGCUAACACGACGACUUGAGCUUGACGAGCACAAGUUUAGUGCGGCUAUUGCCGCCUGUGCCAGCGCAAAACGGCCCAGCCACAACGCAGCCAUGUACCUGUUCAAUACAAUGUUGGACAACGGCUUUGUGCCGACGAUCGUGACCUUCACCAACUUGGCACGCGCACACGUGAACGCGUAUUUGAGUGCUUUGAUCCAGGGGCGUAGGGGCCUUGCUCGUAGCAGCUCCAGGUUGAACCUUGCAGAUUUGCCUGAGCGUGAAGGAAGAUUGAAAGAAGCUCGAAGCGCGCUGCUCGAGAUGCAAGCCGGCGGCGUCCAGUUGACUGCACUAUGUCAAAACAUCCUACAGUAUGUGAAGCAGGCAGGCUUGUGA